UCUUUGAACAGCAGCAGCAACAGUUAGUCAGCCACUUCGGAAGCUUGCUAGACGACAUAGCUGAACCAAUAAAGCUCUUUAGUCACUGUGUUUUAAAACAACGUCUGUCGUCUAGUUAGUUAUCCGAUUUAAGUUCAUAUUUAUGGUGUUGUUAUUAUUCAGCUAGUAGACUGGUUAAGUUAGCAUUAGCAUAGCUAGCUAACAUCUCCGACCAUGAAUUCACUAAGCUACUCUCCUCCUGCUGAAGAAGAUGAGAUCUGCUGUACGGAGAAAGAAGCUCUGGUGAAAGAGGAGGAGGAAGAGGAGGCUGUUACAUUACAAAAACAAGUAGAGGGUGAGGCUGUUACAGUGAAAGAAGAAGAUAAAGACGUUUCAGUGAAAGAAGAGGAAGAUGCGUUCAGAGUGAAAGAGGAGGAGAGGGAGGAAGGAAAAGAGGAGGAUGAGGAGAUGACUGUCACAUCGAAAAAGGGAGAGGAGGAAACUGGAUAUCUGGGCCCGGUUUCCCAAACGCAUCUUAAGGCAUCCAAUGGUUCUAACGGUGAACUUAGCAAUAAGAUGGUUUUGAGAAACCGUUCCCUGAUUAACACUAGAGAGAGACGGGACUACCGUGGGUCCUCUGGGGAGCAUCAUCAACAUCAUGAUGCUGACAAGGCAGAGAAGAGUCUCUCCAGAUCAGAACAUCACAAGAAACACCAGCAGAGAUCUACAGGGAAGAGAACUCACUGCUGCUCUGACUGUGGGAAGAGAUUCACCUCCUCAUCAGGCAUUCAAAUUCAUCAGAGAAUCCACACAGGAGAGAAACCUCACAGCUGUGAUCAAUGUGGGAAGAGUUUUGUUCAAUAUGGACAUCUGAAGAUACACCAGAGAACACACACAGGAGAGAAACCUUAUAGCUGUACUCAAUGUGGGAUAAGUUUUAGUCAUUCAACCAGUCUGAUAUCACACCAGAGAACACACACAGGAGAGAAACCGUAUAGCUGUGAUGAAUGUGGGAAGAUUUUUACUACGUCUAGAAACCUGACUCUACACCAGAGAACACACACAGGAGAGAAACCAUAUAGCUGUGAUCAAUGUGGGAAGAGUUUUGCUCAGCUAAGCAGCCUGAUAUCACACCAGAAAACACACACAGGAGAGAAACCGUACAGCUGUGAUGAAUGUAGGAAGAGUUUUACUAGAUCUAGCAAUCUUACUCGACACCAGAGAAUACACACAGGAGAGAAAUCUUAUAGCUGUGAUCAAUGUGGGAAGAGAUUUGUUUUAUCUGGCCUUCUGACUGUACACCAGAGAAUACACACAGGAGAUAACCUAUAUAGCUGUGAUGAAUGUGGGAAGAAUUUGACAAGUUCUAGCAAUCUGACUCUACACCAGAGAAUACACACAGGAGAGAAACCUUUUAGCUGUGAUCAAUGUGGGAAGAGUUUUACUCAGCUGAGCAGCCUGAUAUCACACCAGAGAACACACACAGGCGAGAAAUCUUAUAGCUGUAUUGAAUGUGGGAAGAGUUUUACUCAGCUAAGCAGCCUGAUAUCACACCAGAGAACACACAUAGGAGAGAAACCUUAUAGCUGUGAUGAAUGUGGGAAGAUUUUUACUAGGUCUAGCAAUCUGAUUCUACACAAGAGAAUACACACAGGAGAGAAACCUUUCCUCUGUACUCAAUGUGGGAAGGGUUUUACUCAGCUAAGCAACCUGAUAUCACACCAGAGAACACACACAGGAGAGAAACCCUAUAUCUGUGAUCAAUGUGGGAAGAGUUUUGUUCAAUCGAGCCAUCUGAAGAUACACCAGAGAACACACACAGGAGAGAAACCUUUUAGCUGUACCCAAUGUAGGAAGAGUUUUGUUCAAUCUGGUGAUCUGACAGUACACCAGAGAACACACACAGGAGAUAAGUAUUUUUGCUGUGAUCAAUGUGGGAAGAGUUUUGUUACAUCUAGCCUUCUGACAGUACACCAGAGAACACACACAGGAGAGAAACCAUAUAGCUGUAAUCAAUGUGGAAAGAGUUUUGUUUCAUCUACAGGUCUGACAGUACACCAGAGAACACACACAGGAGAGAAACCUUAUGGCUGUAAUCAAUGUGUGAAGAGUUUUGCUACAUCUGGGCAGCUGACUAUACACCAGAGAACACACACAGAAUAUAAAUCGUAUUGCUCUAAUUGACGUGGGAAGAGUUUUCCUCAGUUAAACAGCCUGGCACAGAACACACACAGGAGAGAAAUGUCUUAGCUGUAAUCAAUGUGGGAAGAGAUACUCUGAUAAAAGUUACGUGAUCAAACAUCAGAAAAUACAUGGAGUUGUUUCAUGAUAUCAAUGAAAUCAUGUCACAAUGUAGAAUGUUUUAACAUUGUAGUAGGAGUAUUUUAAUGAUGUCACAAUUGUAGAAGCCUAAAUGUUUGCCCCCUGUUCUAUUGAUUUCAACUUGUAGCUGACUGUAUUCUGCAGGUUGUCCUCUAACCAGAGAGGUAAGAGAUAUCUUUUUUUUAGUUGUGUUAGUUUCAACAGCACAUACACCCCCCCCCCCCCCAAGAAGACUAUGCCCGAUGUCCAAUAUAAGUUCGGUUGAAAGUGAAAGUUGAAAAUAUGUAUUUUCAGGGUAGUUUUUUUUCAGUGACUUGAAAAUAACUUAAUUUCAUCUUACUUGCAGGUAGCCUAGUGGUUAGAGCGAUGGGCCGUCAUUGUAAGCCAGAAUUAGUUCUUAACUGACUUAUUUACAUUGACGGCCUACCAGGGAACAGUGGGUUAACUGCCUUGUUCAGGUGCAGAACGACAGAUUUUAACUUGUCAGCUCGCUUGUUAAAAUAAGUAAAUAAAUACACAUGGACGCAGUAUAAUAAAUUGGUAUAUAAUAAAUUUUAUUAACAAUCUUACAUCACUCCAGUAUUUCUUGACAACAUUCAAGUGCUAAUUGUCUUUUUUCCACUACUGAAGAAGCAUGACUCAAAUCACCUCAUAUUUCAAACAUCCAGCCGGACAAAAGAUACAUGUUUAAUUAUUCCAUGCCUCACCAUUAAGUUCAUUAUUGCCAAUACAUAUUAACAAAGGGGUGUACAUUUGGUUUUGAUAUUUACAAUUAUGUAAUAUUUAGUAAUCCUAGUUAAUCAUGCAACCAACGAUAUUUUGGGGUGCAAUUAUAUUGACAUUGUUACCCUGCUUUUAUAUCCAACAACAUGCCUAUUGAGUGAACCCUGAGAAGAAAGAGAAGCUCCACAGUGAGGUGGAAAGUUUCUACGGAUAUCGCAGGGGUUUCCUCUUGAAAUCAGACAUGUCUGUGGUAAGGACAACUUGUUUGCUGUUUAUCUCAAGGGUUGGCAGUCAAAAAUAUUUGUGGUUUGCGUUUAGCCAGUGCGUUACCAUGGAUCACAAUUUAUUUUGACUGCAUGCUUUUCCGUAUUGGAGAUGAGUUUUGUUUGGGCUCGUUCAAGGGGACGCGAGUUCUAAAAGCUAGUGAGUUUUAGGAAGACGAGAGUUCUAGAAGCUAGUGAGUUUUUGGAACACGAGAGUUUUAGAAAGGAAAAGGAGAAAAAAAUAAUACGAUUGUAUAUUAUUAUUCAGAUAUGUGUUUUUAAUUGUUGACGGUCAGUAGACACCAUGUUUAUAUUGUAGAAGGUGAAACAUUGUAGAUGAUUAUGUGAAAUGGAAGUUGUGGAAAUACUCUACAACUUCCGACUAUGAAAAGCCAACUGACAUUUACUCCUGAGGUGUUGACCUGUUGCACCCUCGACAACCACUGUGAUUAUUAUUAUUUGACCCUGCUGUUCAUCUAUGAACAUUUGAACAUCUUGGCCAUGUUCUGUUAUAAUCUCAACCCUGCACGGCCAGAAGAGGACUGGCCACCCCUCAGAGCCUGGUUCCUCUCUUAGUUUCUUCCUAGGUUCUGGUCUUUCUAGGAAGUUUUUCCUAGCAACUGUGCUUCUACACCUGCAUUGCUUGCUGUUUGGGGUUUUAGAUUGGGUUUCUGUACAGCACUUUGUGACAUCAGCUGAUGUAAGAAGGGCUAUAUAAAUAAAUUUGAUUGAUUGAUUGUACAACUGAAUGCAUUCAACUGAAAUGUGUCUUGGGUGCACAUAUUGGUGUCAUCUCGUUAGUCAGUAUGUGUUUCACCUGUGCUGGCUUGUCCAUCUCGUUAGUGGGAAGGUGUUUCACCUGAGCUGGUCCAGGUUCUAUUUAAGAGUGUCUGGCCCAGUGCUCCAGUUGUUUUGAUAGAUGUGGAGAGUCUCCACCUUUUUGGUUUGCUUCCUGUCUGUAAGUUUAGUGUGGGUUUUUCUUUUUGUUUUCCUCUUGGGCAGAUUUAGUGGGUCUCAUGGUGGGUGUCUUUUAGGUCCCAGUUGUUGUUACAAGUCAACUUCCAGUGGACACCCCCAUAGUGUCUUUCAGAACCUCUCCUAAAACCUGUUUAGUUGUGGUUGUUAGUUCCCUCUUCUAUUUAAUUGACUUUUCAGGUGUUCUUGUUGGGGAACGUAACAACAAACAAUGUAUUAAAACAAUACUAGAUUUUGGGUUGGAUGUUGUGUCCAAUUGUUAAUAUUUUAAUCAAUUGCAUUUCCUUAGAAUACUCAUUAGUCUUUCAGUUGUUAAUCUUCUGUUUUUUAUCCUGUGUACUGAAUAUUUCAGUUUAUUUUUAUUAGUUUUUCUCCUGUGAAGCCAUUGUGUUGCAUCCAUGUCUGAAAUGUGCUUUAUAAAUAAAGCUUGAUUUGAACAAAA